AUGACAGAAAGCUUCAAGUACAUCCAACUCUCCCGCCCAUCCACAAACACCUGGCAAAUAUCCCUCUCCUCUCCACCGGAUAAUCGACUCACCCCUGAACUUCUCUCUGAAUUCUCCACCGCAUUAGACCAAGUAGAAUCGCAAUGGAGGGAAGUGGGCGGUGGGAAACCUCUUCCAAAACAGAGAGACGGCUAUGAGGGAAAGGGGGCAGGGGCGUUGGUGGUUACGAGUCGGAAUGAAAAGUUUUUCAGUAAUGGGUUGGAUUGGGAGAGAAGUUUGAAGAUUAAGAAUUUCUUUGAAGAGUUAUUCGAUCCUGUCAUGUGGAGAUUACUUACCUUUCCAUUAUUUACCAUAGCAGCUAUCAAUGGGCAUGCCUUCGCUGGAGGUAUGAUCCUAGCUUUAUGCUGUGAUCAUCGAAUUAUAACCUCCGGUAAAGGGUUCCUAUGUAUGAACGAGAUCCAGUUCGGCUCACCCCUUCCCAAUUCGUUCAACGCCCUUCUCUCACUCCGAAUACCUAAUCCACAGCAUCAUCGAGAUACCCUCCUGGCUCGACGAUGGACACAGAAUGAAUUACUCAAUAUCGGCUUAGUAGAUGAGGUGGUCGAAUCAAAAGAGGUGCAAAGUAGAGCUGUACAAGUGGGUCAAAGGGAGGGAGGGAAAGUUGCAUCGGGUUCUUGGGGUGCUAUCAAGCGCGGAGCAUAUCAUCAGGUGUUGGAGUACAGUCAAUCUUAUCGUACGCUCAAUUUACCUCCUCAAGAGGAGAAGGAGUUUUAUGCGAGAGUAGGGAAAGAUGGCAGUAAAGCUAAGUUGUAG